GCAGACUCACGUAGGUUUCGUCUUACAAGUUCUUCAAUGUUAAGUAGUACUUUUAAGGCGCCUUAAGGCUCGCUGAUCUACAGUUCACCAGUCAGUUUCCUGCGGUACGCAUUCAAGGAACGUUCAUUAUAUACGCUUGUGUGUUUUUCUUUUUUAAAAGUUCUCUUAUUAACAUAUAAACCAUGGCCAACGUCUACGUAGGCUUCCACGACCAGCGCAACAGCAGCAGAGUAUUGAAACCUCCGGGAGGCGGAACCUCCAGCAUUUUCAACAACGACUUCAUCCCGGACGUCGUCCCGAAAACCACCCCCGUCAAAGACAAUGCCAAAUAUAAAACCAGCAGCAUCCAAGACGUUUUGCAAACCAGCACCAAAACAACUACAACUUCUUCUACAACAACAACUACAAAUAAUGAAGUUAAUGAGUCUACACCAGAUAUUACUUGUCAAGUGGAGCAAAUGAAAAUUGUAGAAUCUUCUACGAAAUCUGAAGUUACUGAAACCGAUUCUUCGGGCAACGAGAAAGUGAUUGCGAGUGACUCGAAAUCUGAUGGUUCAGUGGAGCACAGCUUUAAAAAGGGAGCUUCGAUUGGUGAUAUUUUGAAUCAGGAUGAUAUUAUGGAAAAAAAGAAAGUUAAAGGGUCUCCUGGGCAUCAGAGAGUGCCACCAGGAGGGUAUUCUUCUGGAUUGUGGUAAUAAGUCUGAUAAAAAUUAAGGAUUUUGUCCUUUUAAUAUCAUUUUACUAAUUUUGUAUUGGAUUAUAGAUGUGUUAAGAUAAUAUAUAGUAUUUUCAA